AGGACAAUUUUGGAAUUUAAAACAUUCAUAACGUUCAUCUCAGUUCAAACCAAAACAACAGCUCCAAGCAACAACACACUCUUCAUCUUCCUCUUCCCUCUCUUUCCUUCAUUUGAAUCUCUCUCUCUCUCUCUCUCUCUCUCUCUCUCUCUAACAAUGAAGCCAAAGAACAACAACAACAACAACGAUAACAGUUUCUUCGGAACCUUCACUUCAACUUCAAUCAAAAACCUUCUUCCAAUUUCAUCCUUCCGUAAACCCAUUUCUUCAAACCCUAAAUCCAAUCUUGAAAACGUUCCUCCACCAAAUUCAAACAUACCCAUCACUCAUAACCAAAUUCAAUCACACCCCAAAUCACAAUUUUCUCAUAAUAACCCUCACGUUAAGGUUGUGGUGAGAAUUAGUCCUGAUGAAAAAGAGGGUGAUUUGAUUGUUAAGAAGUUUUCUUCUGAUGGUUUGUGUGUUGGGGAUGAACAGUUCAAAUUUGAUGAUGUUCUUGAUGCUGAAUCCAAUCAGGAAGAUGUUUUUCAGUCGGUUGGUGUUCCCUUGGUUCGAAAUGCUUUAGCUGGUUACAACACUUCAAUUCUGUCAUAUGGCCAGUCUGGAAGCGGAAAGACUUAUACAAUGUGGGGUUCGCCAAGUGCCAUGGCUGAGGAUCCCUCGCGUCAUAGUCAACAGGGAAUUGUUCCUCGGAUUUUCCGAAUGUUAUUUUCUGAGCUUGAAAGAGAGAGACUUAUGUCUGACCAGAAACAGUUCAGCUAUAAAUGCCGUUGUUCUUUUCUUGAGAUAUAUAACGAUCAAAUUGGGAAUUUACUCAAUCCAAACCAGCAGAACCUUGAGAUAAAGGAUGACUCCAAAAAUGGGUUUCAUGUUGAGAAUCUGAUAGAGGAAUAUGUCACAUGCUAUGAUGAUGUGGCACAAGCUCUGAUUAAGGGCCUUUCAAGCAGAAAAACCGGAGCAACAAGCUUAAAUUUUAAUAGCUCUAGAUCACAUGUCAUUUUCACUUUUGUCAUUGAGUCUUUGUGUAAGGGCACCACAAAGGGUUUCAGUAGUUUAAAAGCUAGCAGAAUCAGCCUUAUCGAUCUUGCCGGAUUAGAUGGGGAUAGUGUUGACAAUGGGAGCAGCCAAUAUCUAUGGGAAAGCAGACAUGUAAAGAAAUCGUUAUCUCAGCUUGGGCAUUUAGUGGACGCUCUUACGGACAAAUCUCAGUCUAGAGAAGAUGAAGACAUUCCACACAGUAACUCCUGUUUAACUCGAUUGCUACAAGAAUCACUUGGUGGAAAUGCUAAACUCUCAGUAAUAUGUUCCAUCUCCCCUCAUAACAAGAGCAAUGAUGAAACAGUCUGCACACUCAGAUUUGGGGAGAAAGUAAGAUCCAUUAGAAACAAGCCAAUUAUUAAUGUAAUAAACGAGGCUGACGAUUUGAGUGGUAAAAUCCGACACUUGAAGGAAGAACUUAUUAGAGUGAAGGCUGGUGAUGUUCAUAGCUCAGUUGGGGGUAAGAAUGGAUGCUUCCAAGGACAUAACGUGCGGGAAAGCCUUAAUCAAUUGAAAGUCAGCUUAAACCGUUCUAUACUCCUAUCUAACUUAGAUAAUAAUACUGGUGUAGCUGUAAAUGUCGGUGAGGAUGACAUACAGCAAUUACGCCAGCAAAUUGAUGAAUUAGAUAGUUCAUGUGAAGGGGUUCCAAAGUACAUUUCUGUCGGUGAAGAUUGUGUUCAGUUUUAUUCUUUUGAGGAAAAUUAUGAUGCAGACACAACCAUAGGUGAAGAAAAUUCUGUUGGUGAUAGCAUUUCAGUCAUUUCAUGCAGCAAAUCUCCAAUAUUUGAUGGACCAGAGUUGUCCGAGUCUCCAAAAUUCAGAAAUAACCAAAGGAAAAGUGUGGCUUUUUCAUCGAGUUAUCUAGGAAGUGGGAACAAUGUUUCUGAGAGUUCAACUUUCGGGAAUGACCUUUCAGGAAAAUUGUUUAAACGGGGUGAGCAUAUGCAAACUUCAUUACAGUCAGGCAAAGCUGAGUCCUUGGCAGAAAGUCUCCAGAGGGGAUUACAGAUAAUUGAUUAUCACCAACAGAACUCGCCAUUGAACAAAUCUUCAAGCUCCUUUUCUUUUGGCCGUUUAACUUUGACACCAUGUCUAGAAAUCGACAAGGUUGAACCUUAUGAUCAAACAAUACAACAAAACAUUUCUAAUGAUGAAGUAACUUCCACAUUCCUUUGUGCAUCUUGUCGUACAGAUUUAACAGAUAAAGUUCCAAAACAUUUGGAAAAUGUAAGGGCAAAAGACCAAAUGAGAGAGACGGAGCUCGAGAGUGUUUGUAAGGAGCAAGCAGCUAGAAUUGAGCAACUAAAUCAAUUGGUGGAGAAAUUGAAAGGAGAGAAAAAUAUGAACUCCAUUUCUGUGUUUGAUGAGGGUGAAGAGUGUAGCUCCAUGAAGGAUGAAAACAAGCUUCUGAGGAGCAAUUCCUUGCAUGGUCAUUCGCUGUAUGUUAUAGAGGAAAAAUGUGAAAUCAAAGAAGUCCUUGAAGAGUUAGAUCAGAGAGAGAUCUCUUUUGAUUCAACUGAGAAAGAAUCACUACUCAAGGAAAUUCAGAGUCUUAGGAGCAAGCUGCAAUUAUAUAGUGAUGCACCAGUCAAAAUUUCUACAGACAAACUGAGAACUUCUUUAAUGUCAAGAUCCAUACAACUGCAAAAAAGUGGAGUAUUUUCUCACGAUAAUAGGAAUGAGGAGCUGGAAAAUGAAAGAGAGAGAUGGACAGAAAUGGAAAGCGAUUGGAUUUGUCUUACUGACGAACUUAGAGCUGACCUUGAGUCAUACCGCCGGCGUGCAGAGAAGUUGGAAACUGAACUGAAGUUAGAGAAGAAGGGUGCAGAAGAAAUGGACGAUGCACUAAAAAGAGCUGUUAACGGGCAUGCAAGAAUGGUAGAACACUAUACUGAUCUUCAAGAAAAAUAUGAUGACUUGGCUUCAAAGCAUGAUGCUAUGAAGGAAGGGAUAGCCGAGGUGAAGAAGGCAGUGAUAAAAGCCUCUAAAAAAGGUAAAGCACGCUUUGCCAAAUCCCUUUCUUCUGAGCUUUCUGCAUUGAGGCUGGAGAGGGAAAGGGAGUCAAAAUUAUUGAAAAAAGAGAACCAGUGUUUGAAAAUACAACUUCGAGACACUGCUGAAGCUGUUCAGGCUGCCGGGGAACUACUUGUUAGACUAAGAGAAGCUGAACAAGCUGCAUAUGUUGCAGAGGAAAACUUUGCAAAUGUCCGACAAGAUAACGAAGAGUUAAAAAUGCAAGUGGAGAAGCUGAAUAGAAAACACAAUACAGAGAUUAAUACCAUGAAGCAGUAUCUUGCAGAGAGCAAAUUGCCAGAGUCUGCAUUGAGGCCACUGUAUCAAGAGGAUUCUGAUAUGAAACACAAUAAUACAACUUCUUCCUAUGCUUAUGAUGAUCAAGCAUGGAGAGCAGAAUUCGGAGCGAUAUAUCAAGAGCAUUACUAAUUCAUCGAUACUGCAAUCACCUGUUUGUCUGGAAGUAGAUCCUACUUGGAUCGAAAGGAACCCGUAAAGUCAAUUUUUAGAUAUUUUUUCAAGUUGUGAUCUAUCAAUCAACACUUGGUCUAUGGGAAGUAUAAUUCUUUGUUUGCUUGUAUACUUAUAAGUAAUAUAGUAGCAUUUUUUUUUGAGGGAAAGUAA